CUCAUCAACUCGGUUACUCACUUCUACCCAAGCCCAUUUGCACGCCGUAAUUGUGUAUGAUCGAUCUUCACUUUUGAUUUCUAAGCUGAGCUCUGAGUGAAUAGGUGAUAAUGGUGAAGGGCGGCGUAGGCGUGAAGACAGGACCCGGUGGUCGAAGUGGCGUCCGCAUCGUCGUCGCCGGUGACAAAAACACUGGCAAAUCGAGCUUGAUUGUAACUGCGGCGGCUGAAUCUUUUCCUACCAAUGUACCUCCAGUGUUGCCGCCCACGAGGAUGCCAGAUGAUAUCUAUCCUGACCGUGUUCCCGUCACUAUCAUUGACACACCUUCUAGUAUGGAGAAUAGAGCUAAACUGGCAGAAGAACUGAAGAAAGCUGAUGCUGUUGUUCUUACAUAUGCAUGUGAUCAGCCUUCAACUUUGGAUAAAUUGAGUACAUUCUGGCUGCCAGAACUUCGACAAUUGGAGGUCAAGGUUCCGGUUAUAUUAGUUGGUUGUAAACUGGAUUUGAGAGAUGAACAACAUCCUGUGACAUUGGAGCAUGUAAUGUCACCGAUAAUGCAACAAUUUCGGGAGAUUGAGACUUGUAUCGAAUGCUCUGCUUAUAAACAUAUUCAGAUCUCCGAAGUUUUCUAUUAUGCACAGAAAGCAGUACUUCAUCCUACAGGUCCACUGUUUGAUCAGGAGGCACAAACUUUGAAGCCACGUUGUGUUAGGGCUCUGAAACGAAUAUUCAUUCUUUGUGAUAAUGACAGGGAUGGUGCACUAAGUGAUGCAGAAUUGAAUGAUUUUCAGGUUAAAUGUUUCAAUGCUCCACUCCAACCUUCUGAAAUAGUUGGUGUCAAGAGGGUUGUUCAAGAAAAGUUGCCCGAAGGUGUAAAUGAUUGUGGCCUGACAUUGUCAGGCUUCUUAUUUCUCCAUGCAUUAUUCAUUGAAAAGGGUCGCCUUGAGACAACAUGGACUGUCCUGCGGAAGUUUGGAUAUAAUAAUGAUAUCCGACUUGGUGACGAUCAUCUUCCAGGCCCAAUUAAUUUUGCGCCUGAUCAGAGUGUGGAGCUGACAAGUGAAGCUAUGGAUUUUCUUCGUGGAAUCUUCUUGAUGUAUGACAUUGACGGGGAUGGUGCCCUUCGACUGGCUGAGCUGGAAGAUCUUUUUUCUACUGCACCGGACUGUCCGUGGGAUAAUGCUCCAUAUGCAGAUGCUGCUGAGAAGACGGCCUUGGGUGGACUAACCCUUGAUGGGUUCUUGUCAGAGUGGGCUCUUAUGACACUUCUGGAUCCAAUCCGUAGUGUGGAAUAUCUUGUAUACAUUGGAUAUGCUGGUGAUCCAUCCUAUGCCAUCCGUGUCACACGAAGAAGGCGGUUAGAUCGCAAAAAACAACAAUCAGAUAGGAGUUCUUACAAGUGUUUUGUUUUUGGGCCAAGGUUGGCUGGGAAAUCUUCCUUGUUGAAUUCUUUCAUUGGGAGGCCUUUCUUUGAUGCAUACACUCCAACUAGUAAAGAGCGUUAUGCUGUUAACUUUGUCAGCCAACCCGGGGGAACUAAGAAAAUUCUUGCUCUGAGGGAUAUUCCUGAAGAUGAUGUUAAGGAUCUCUUACACAAGAAGGAUGCAUUAGCAGACUGUGAUGUAGCUAUAUUUGUCCAUGACAGUUCAAUUGAGUCUUCUUGGAAUAGAGCAGCAGAGUUGCUUCUUGAAGUAGCUAGUCAUGGAGAAGCUACCGGAUAUGAGGUUCCCUGUCUCAUUAUUGCAGCUAAGGAUGACCUUGAUCCAUUUCCAACCGAGAUACAAGACUCAACUAGGGUAAGCCAGGAUCUUGGUAUAGAGGCUCCAAUACCCAUAAGCACAAAGUUGGGAGAUUUCAAUAAUAUAUACCAAAGGAUUGUUAGAGCUGCAGAGCGUCCACAUCUGAACAUUCCUGAAACUGAAGCUGGAAAAAGCAGAAAGCAAUACAAUAGGUUUAUUAACCGAUCCCUCGUGUUUGUGUCAGUUGGAGUCGCAGUCGGUGUAGUUGGGCUCGCUGCUUACCGAGUUUAUGCUGCAAGGAAAAACACCUCUGGUUAAGAACUCACAUCCAAUUGAUGAAGCGCUAGGGAUCUAUUUGCUUUUUUGUAUUUUCGACUAAAGCUUGGCUUGUAUUCGCGUCCAAAAGAUCCUUGGAAUUAGAGAUGGAUAAAUGAAUUGGACCUCAAAUGGUAGUUCAACUUGGAUGAAUAUUCGGGUUAGGAAACAAACACUGUUUGAGGUGAGUUUUGUUGGUUCCUUUCCUUUGUUAGUUUUGACAAUAAAUAUGUCAGAAAGAACAUGGAAACUACUAGUUCUUGGGCAAAUGACAUAUUUCCCAAAUUUAGGGUUCCAUUAAACUGGGCUUGAACAUUUUCUUGAACCCAUUCAUUUGAUCUCUCUAACUUGUCUUAUGUUGGCUGAAUUCUGUUAUGAGCUCUCUUUAAGCACGUUUGGUUGAAUGAUCUAUUUAUAUAUCU